GUGCCUGUGGAGUAACAUGAAAUGUUUCUGUAGGAUCACCACUGUUCAAAGCCCCUGGAAGUCUUUGCAAGCUGGCAAUACGUUUUCCUUCUGUCUGGAAAGUUCCUCUACAGUAUAGCCUUCUAACCAGCCCAUGUAGAAGAAUGAGAGGAGAGAAGCUGUUACUACCAAUGCUACUAAUGUCUGUGAUGAUGAGCUUUUUACCUAUACAGACAUCUUAUGGACAGCAUUUGGCAGAAGAGCCCUGCACUGUUCAGAUCCUUGUCCCUGGACUCAAAGGGGAACCAGGAGAGAAAGGACAAAAAGGAGCACCGGGGAGACCGGGAAGAGUUGGCCCUCCCGGAGAGACUGGCCAACCUGGGCUUAAAGGACAGAAAGGAAUGAUGGGACGUUAUGGAAAAGUGGGCCCAAGUGGAGUGAAAGGGGUAAAAGGAGACAGUGGGGAUCCAGGUCCAAGGGGCCCUAAUGGAGAGCCAGGUGUUCCAUGUGAGUGCACACCAAUGAGAAAGAUGAUUGGAGAAAUGGACAUUCUCGUGUCUCAGCUAUCCUCUGAACUCAGAUUCAUUAAAAAUGCACUGCCCUCCCCUGCAGCUGUUGCUGGCAUAAAAGAGACAGACAGUAAAGUCUAUCUGUUGGUGAAGGAGGAGAAACGCUACUCCGACGCUGAAGUCUACUGUCAGACGAGGGGAGGGCACCUGGCCAUGCCCAAGGAUGAGGGAGCCAACACGGCCAUUGCGGGGUACAUUACCGACGCAGGCCUGAGCAGAGUCUACAUUGGCAUUCACGACCUGGACCGAGAAGGUGUUUUCACCUAUGUGGAUCACUCUCCUAUGACCACUUUCACCAAAUGGAGAAAAGGAGAGCCCAACAACGCUUAUGAUGAUGAGGACUGUGCUGAGAUGGUGGCCUCUGGAGAGUGGACUGAUGUGGCGUGCCACCCGACCAUGUAUUUUGUCUGUGAAUUUGACAAGGACAGUGUCUGAGCGUAGUCCUCACUGAAGAGCUGCUAAAAAAACCUAAUGGAGUUAAAGUUAGAUGUGUUCACAGUAUUUGUGUGAUACUGUCUGUAAAUACAAUGACAAAAUGACAUGUAAGUUGUGCAAAUUCGUCUAUUUUCUUUCUUUUCUCCCCCUUGUAAGCUAUUUAUUUCCUUAACUCACUUAACAACCUGAGUCUUUGUUCUUUUUGUUAAAAUUUUAGUCAUUGUAACCACACUCUUAAUCUCAUACUAUGAUUCAUUAAUGUUCCCAACAGGAUGCCAGGUAAUAUACUGAGUUUUCAUGUUAUGCAAACUAUCCACUGAACAAUAUUUGCUACAGUGCCAUCAGCAAACAAGGCAAAUAAGCAAAUGCACAGGACUGUAGAGUUUGUAGAAAAUAUGAAAUUAAAAGAAAGAUUUGGUUCCAGUUGGGUGCUUUUAAUCACAGGAAUUGAAUACACUAUGCAUUCUAUAUUCAUAUAAUAAGUUAUGUGGCGG